UUGUAUAUUACAUAGGUUAGGUUAUAUUGAAAUUGUUGGUUGACAAUAGGAACGAAGCGGCGUUGAUUUAAUAAUCAUUUCAUCAAUUCUUUCACAGUUUCGAUAACGGCGUCGCGAUGGCAAGUGUUGACGAAGAUGUACCACAAAUCCAAAUAAGAUUCACGACGAAACAGGAGCAAUACGCUGUUCCGGACUAUCCGUUGUCUGUGCCAUCGACAGUUUUCACUGAUCAACUGAACACUCUAAUCAAUGAACUUUUAAAAGAAUCUGCAGACUCCACUGCAACUGUAGAAUUUGAUUUUCUUGUCUGCAAUGAGUUCCUGCGCACUUCAUUAGCUGAGCAUAUCAAUGAGCGUGGAGUAACGACUGAGGAAGUCAUUACAGUUGAGUACGUGGAACGGCAUCCCCCUCCGGAGCCCCAAGAUUGUCUUAUACACGAUGACUGGGUGUCAGCAGUUGCCGUAAGAGAAAAAUGGAUACUGACGGGAUGUUACGACAAUACUGUGCACAUCUGGAACACGAGGGGAAAACAUCACCUAACAAUUCCAGGUCACACGUCGCCAAUUAAAGCAGUGGCUUGGAUAACAUUGGACAACGAGAGGGCGACGUUUGUUAGUGCAUCGCAAGACCAGACUGCCAUUUUAUGGGAUUGGAACAUCACAAGUAACUCAAUAGAAUGCGUUCAAAUUUGUCGAGGACAUGAACGUGGGCUGGAAGACGUUGCGGUCAAUCAUAAUGCCACACUGAUCGCCACAGGAUCAUGGGAUACAAUGCUGAAGAUUUGGUCUGCCUCUGUCGACGACCGAAACAAUGACGGUGAGUCUACCUCAAAGAAGCUGAAAACAGACCAUGGUAAAGUUAGAACACCAGAAAUAACAAUGAAAGGCCACAAAGAGGCAAUUAGUGGCGUAGUCUGGUCAGAUAAAUCGGAAAUAGUAACAUCGUCAUGGGAUCACACGCUAAAAAUUUGGGACACAGAGCUCGGUGGAAUCAAGCAUGAAAUUCCAGGGAAUAAGAGCUUCUUUGAUGUUGCAUAUUCGCCGUUAGCUCAUGCUCUUCUCACCGCCUCAGCCGACAGACACAUCAGAUUAUAUGACCCAAGAUCGUCGGAGGGAUCCGUGGUCAAGGGAACCUUCACUUCACACACGCAAUGGGUGCAAUCUGUAUUCUGGUCAACAACUGACCAAUAUCUUUUUCUGUCCGGGGCAUGUGAUAACCAAGUGAAGCUCUGGGACACUCGAAGUCCCAAAGCACCAUUAUUUGAUCUUUCCGGUCAUGACGACAAAGUUCUCUGCUGCAACUGGUCCAAUCCAAAAUUCAUGGUAUCUGGCGGGGCCGACAACACUGUUAGGAUAUUCAAAUCGAAACACGCGAUUCGUUGAUAAUGAUUAAAAAUCAAUGUAAUUUGUAAAUUAUUCUAAGGAUAUACAUUUUAAAUAAAAACUUAAGUUGGAAUAU